AUGUUCAAUCAACAAUUCGCCAGCAGCAGGUGCCUAGAGAAGCAAACAAGUGACUUGUACCGAAUAAUUCAACGCCCCGACGAACCUCUGAAGGACUACAUAGCCCGUUUCAUUAGGGAGAAAGUGACCGUCCCUGAAUGUGAUGUCCCAACAGCUAUCGAAGCAUUCAGACAAGGGUUAUAUGGCGAAACCGACCUCUGGAGGGAUCUAAUCAAAUACACCUGCAAGACGUUCGAAGAUGCUCAAGCUAAAGCAAUGGCCCUAGUGAGGCUGGAAGAGACUCUUUAUUCUCGGAAAGGGGGCAACGACUACUCGAAGAUGGAAAGACGAUUGCCCUACCCCAAGAGAAGCAAUGAUCGUCCUGCUCCUUAUUCCCGACCUCAGCACAUGGGGAAAGCAGUGCAAUGGCCGCCAAAGUCUAGCAAACCUGAGUCGAAGAAGGAUCCCUCGAAAUGGUGCGACUUCCAUGCUGACAUCGGCCACACAACCAACGAUUGCGUCGCAUUAAGGAGAGAAGUGGCUUAUCUAUUAAAGAACGGACAGCUAAAGGACGUCAUGUCAGACAAAGCUCGUGGAGUCAUCAACAAAAACAAUUCUAACGGUGAAGUAAGCACGGGGGACAUCUCGGAUAAACAUCACGAUGGCCUAGUGAUCUCCAUUCCAGUUGGGAAUUGCAUGAUCAAACGCGUCCUAGUCGACAACGGCAGCUCAACUAAUGUGAUGAUGCUUGAUGCCCUCAAAGAGAUGGGGCUUAACCCAGAUACGGACGUCGUUAAAAAAUCCACCGUGUUGAUAGGGUUCAGCGGCGAAGCAAAGACCACCUUCGGAGAAGUCACCUUACCUGUUUACGCUCAAGGGAUAAACCAACAGGAAAUCAAGGGAGAUCAACAAGAGUCCAAAGAGUGCUACAAAGCGGCCCUGAAGCCUUCGGCCACUAACAAAUCCUCUUUAUAG